AUGACCCAGCUGGACGCAGUGGUUGCCAGUGGAUCUGGGCCGCAAUACUCAAAGCCUAACGCGAAGACUCUGCAUGCACUGCGGCUGGAGACGUUCCGCGCUGCCGAGGAGCUCGCGCUCAACCUGAGCGUGGAUAUGACGCGUCCCCAGAACGGCGUUGAGGCAGACGGUGCUGAACUGGGGAAGGUGCAAAAGGUGUCAAUGGGUUCGCAGGUUCUCGCUCUCACUGGUGCCGCUGGUGUCUCGAACCGCGGAGCCGAGAUCACGCAACUCGACUGCAAGCUUGCAACGCAGGCAGAAGAGAUCGCACGGCUGAAGAAAUGCCCGGAGUCGGGCGUUGGUGGGGUCGUAGUCGUGGGCCAUGAGGAGCUCGUGUCCGCACUUGCUAAUGCGGUUCGGGCAUUGGAGAAGGAGGCGAGGGCGAUCGCGCUGGAAAGGGCAGUACUGGGCGAUACGCAUAACCAGGAGGCGCUGGUGCUAGGGCAAGUGGACGCAAGGUUGGGACAGCUGCAGGGGGUGGUGGCAGACUCCAUGGAAACCGCUUAG